AACAUUGCUUGCUGUGGUGAUACACCUCUUUAAAAAUAGAAAACACCACAGCAUUUCUGGCCCUUCCCCCACACUGCAUCCACCAAGCCUUUCCAAGUAUUUCUCAAUGGAGUUCAAUGUCGAAGCCUUUCUCCAGGCAGCACACAAGGCACAUUUGUGAAAGUCUAAAGGGAAGGAAAAGUAGGUAGAAAGCCAGACGCUAAUAUUUCUUCUGGGUAGAGCACUUGUACUUAUGACACCUGCUUGUAACAGACAAAAAAACACCAACCCAAGAAUGUCUGCAGACAUUGCUGUUGAAGGGCACGGCAUUAAGCAAAUCCUUCUGAAAAGAAAGCUAGCAAAUGUAGAGGAAUGUUCUUCUAAGCGAACAGCUAGCUGGGGUAUUCUGACCAGUCAAGGAUCCUGGGCAGAUCGGUCACCACUACAUGAAGCUGCAAGUCAAGGUCGCCUUCUUGCUCUGAGGACAUUAUUAUCACAAGGUUAUAAUGUAAAUGCAGUAACUAUAGACCAUGUCACCCCACUCCAUGAGGCCUGCCUAGGUGAUCACGUGGCAUGUGCACGGACCCUUCUGGAAGCUGGAGCUAAUGUAAAUGCAAUCACAAUAGAUGGUGUGACUCCCUUGUUCAAUGCAUGCUCACAAGGCAGCGCAAGCUGUGCAGAGCUCCUUUUGGAAUAUGGUGCCAAAGCCCAACUGGAGUCCUCUUUUCCAUCUCCAACACAUGAGGCUGCCAGUAAAGGUCACCAUGAAUGUCUUGACAUUUUGAUCGCCUGGGGCAUAGAUGUUGACCAAGACAUUCCUCACUUGGGGACUCCUCUUUACGUAGCUUGUACAUCACAGCAGUUUCAUUGCAUCUGGAAACUUCUUUAUGCUGGUGCUGAUGUCCACAAAGGCAAGUACUGGGACACCCCACUCCAUGCUGCUGCUCAACAGCCAAGCACUGAAAUUGUGACCUUAUUGCUAGAAUUUGGAGCAGACAUCAAUGCCAAGAACAUGGAACUUUUGCGGCCUGUCGAUGUGGCUACAUCUAACAGUGCUGUGGAAAGAAUACUUCUUCAACACGAAGCUACCCCAAGCUCUCUUUGCCAGCUCUGCCGACUCUCUAUUCGCAACUACAUAGGAAGACAGAGGUUGCAUCUUAUUUCCCAGCUCCAGUUACCAACAUUGCUGCAGAAUUUCUUACAGUACCGAUAACACAGUAAAUAGUUUUACAUUCUCAGAAAAAUCAAAUUUUUCUAUUUUAUUUUCUUCCUCAAAUAUAGUAUGAUAAGGGUAAAAAUGAGUAUAAUUUCACCCAGGAAAGCAGUAAAGUCUCAAUGGAUUUUCAUCUGAAGAACACUUAUUAGUAUUGUUUAUGAAUUUCUAUUGUGUUUGGAUGACAUUUAAAAUAUAUGUAUCAUCUUAGCAUUCUCAGUGUACCUCCUUGAUUUAGAGGAAAAUGAGAAUUUUACUAGUUUUUUUUAUUAUAGAGCGAAAAAGAAAAUUGUGCACUUUUACUAAAAUUUUAAUUUAAUUGUAAAUUUCAUCUUGUGUUACGUUUUGGUGGGUCCCUAUUCUUCAUAUAAUGGGUUAACUACAAUUUCAACAAAUGUCAUUGGUUAUCUCUGUGUUUUUAAUAUUGAAAAAAAUAUUAGAGCAAGUAAUAUGCUUUUUGAAAUAAAGAUGAAUUAUACAGUUGCUUUUGUGGUGAU